AUGGCGGCAGCGGCGGGGUCCGGCGCGGGGCUGCUGGGGGCGCGCGGGGGGGAGCCCGGCGCCACCCCCUUGGCCCCCGAGGAGGUGGCCCGCAGGCUCCAGGGCACACGGCGGGAGCUGAGCAACAGGCGCAAGAUCCUGCUGAGGAACCUGCCCGCCGAAAGCAGCAGCCAGGAGAUCCAUGAUUUAUUAAAAGACUUUGAACUGAAGUAUUGUUAUGUGGACAAAAAUAAAAGAACAGCUUUUGUUACUCUCCUGAAUGGGGAGCAAGCUCAGCAUGCAAUACAGCUGUUUCACCAACGAUCCCUUCGUGGAAAAGAAAUAUCAGUGCAGCUCCAGCCAACAGAUGCCCUCCUCUGUAUUACCAACUUGCCCACCUCUUAUACGUUACAAGAGUUUGAAGAAUUGCUACGUCCCUACGGUAAUAUCGAGAGACACUUUUUGAUUUACAGUGAAUUCACUGGCUAUUCCAAGGGCUAUGGUUUUGUGGAAUACAUGAAAAAGGAUUCUGCUGCUAAGGCUAGAUUGGACCUUCUAGGAAAACAGUUAGAUGGAAAUGUCCUUUUUGCCCAGUGGAUGGACAUCAAUCAGUUAUCUCCAGACCAUGUACAUUCAAGGUGCCUUUGUGUGGAAGAUCUCCCUACAGAUUACACUGAUGCAGACUAUAUCAUGAAAACGUUCUCAUCGAAAUACAAACCUGUGUUUUGCCAGCUUGCUCAGGAUGAAGAUAGCUCUGUUGAUGGCUUUGCAGUUAUUGAGUAUGAAACAGCAGAGCAGGCAGAGGAAGUACAGCAAAGUGCAGAUGGCCUGACUAUCAAAGGGAAGAGUGUGUGUGUAUCUUAUUGUGCUCCUGGAGCUCCAGGCCGAGGCACUCUUGCCACACUGAUAGCAGCACAACGCAUGAUGAGGAAUAACAGAAAGGGAUUGCUCCCAGAGCCAAAUGCAGCGCAGAUUAUGAAAAGUUUAAAUACCCCAGCAAUGUUACAAAUGUUACUGCAGCCCCAGCUACGUGGAUGUGCUAACAAACUUGCAGUUCUUGGAGCUCCGAUGCGUUUGCCACACCUUGUAAGCCCUUCUUUCAGCCCAGCCUUUUUGCAUUUGAAUAAAGUUCAUCAGGGACCAGUUGUUGGAAAUGCAUCCAGCUUGCUGCUACAGAACCUCCCCCAUCUACAGUUGGUGCAGCAACAGCUAGCGAAGACUGAGAAUAUUCAAACAAAUAGUAAACCAGGUUUGCUUGGAGAGCCUCCAACAGUGCUUCUUCAGACAAUGGUAGGAAUGGGUCCUGUACCACCAGUGAGCACAGAUGUGGGGAGCCACGGAGAAACACACAAUUUAUCAAAUCGGACUCCAGCUCAAACACCAGUUGCAGCAGGGAUUGGCAUGCUGCCAUUUUUCCCAAAUCAGCAUAUAGUUGGGCAAAGUAUGCCAAGGCAAAAUAAUACACAGGAGAAUCUGUCACCGGCAGGAGGACUGGCAGAGGGGUCACAUGGUUAUCUACAGAGUUUGACAAACCUCCCUGCUGGAGGCCAACGGGCUGGACAUCUCAAGCAACAAAGUCAGCCAAAAAGUACUGACUCAAGUUUGGGGAGUUCCUCAAAAAAGCAGACCUCUCUGCUGGGAGAUCCCCCCAAAGAAAUCCAUCUUAGUACUAAUCCCUACUUGAACUUGGCAAGUGUGCUGCCUUCUGUGUGUCUUUCAGCAAUUGCCAGCAAAACCAGUAGCAAUAAGCAGCACGCUGGGCUUCCAAAGACCUUUCUGGAUACAGCAGCUGCUCAGGAAACUCCAUCACAACAAGCAGUGGAAAACUACUUUAACUGUUCUCCGCAAUAUGGGGAUUACACACAGGAAGCAGUCCAGCAAUGGUAUCAGCAAUAUGCACAGGCGUAUCAUGCUGCUCAAACUAGAGCAGGAGAAUUAGAAACUGAAGGCUCAGAGGAAUCUGAAAUUGGAGUUUAUGGUGACUACAGUACCUAUUUACAAGUCAUGCCUUCGUACUAUGCCCAAGGAUCCUUUCAUCCAGGUCUCUUGCCACUUACACCACAAAGCCCACUGAAGAUAGCACCGAUAAGAAAUGAAAAGCGCAGCUCUUCAUACCUCAGUUCCUCCCCAGAAGAUGGCCCAGUGGAAUAUGUUGGCCAACAUGCUCAAGGCUCCGGAGUACAUUAUGCAGAAUUGUAUCUUAAAAGAAAACGUGUUUAUUAAGUUCAAAUCCUGGUUGAAGUUGAAGCCAGUUUGUACUAUUGUGUACCAUUUCACCUGUAACUUUUAAUAUGUAUUGUAGAUAUUCA